GGGCUGCUCCGUUUGGCCUUUAGAAAUCCUAAGGGACAAUUUUUAAUGUGUAUUUAUACAAAUGAGAUAACCAUUUAUGGUAAUAUAUCAUCGCAAAGUAGUCUUUACGUACGUAAGAGCAAAGCGUUUCUAUCAUUUCCUUAAUAUUGAAAUGGUGACAGACUUCAAAUCCCUACUACCAGUUAUCGACAUCAGUCCUUUACUGGCCAAAUGUGAUGAUUUCGACAUGGCUGAGGAUGCGGGGGUUGUGGAAGUAGUCGGAAAACUGGACAGGGCAUGUCGGGACGUCGGAUUCUUCUACGUGAUUGGUCAUGGAAUAUCGGAUGAUCUUAUAAAUAAGGUGAAAGAGAUGACGCAUCAGUUCUUCGAGCUUCCUUACGAGGAGAAACUUAAGAUCAAGAUUACUCCAACUGCUGGAUACAGAGGAUACCAAAGAAUUGGAGUAAAUUUUACGAGUGGGAAACAAGAUAUGCACGAAGCCAUUGAUUGUUACAGAGAGUUCAAGCAAGGGAAACAUGGGGACAUCGGAAAGGUCUUGGAAGGGCCAAACCAGUGGCCAGGAAAUCCUCAAGAGUACAAAGAUUUAAUGGAGAAGUAUAUUAAGCUGUGCACAGAUCUUUCUAGAAAUAUCUUAAGGGGAAUCUCAUUAGCCCUUGGUGGAUCACCUUAUGAGUUUGAGGGAAAGAUGCUUAGAGACCCUUUUUGGGUAAUGCGUAUCAUUGGUUAUCCAGGUGUAAACCAAGAAAAUGUUAUUGGAUGUGGAGCUCACACUGACUAUGGCUUGUUGACGCUUAUAAAUCAAGAUGAUGAUAAAACUGCUCUUCAGGUGAAAAACGUGGACGGUGAUUGGAUACCAGCUAUUCCGAUCCCUGGAUCAUUUAUCUGCAACAUCGGUGACAUGUUAACGAUACUAUCAAACGGAGUUUACCAAUCCACACUACAUAAAGUAAUCAAUAACUCUCCUAAAUACCGUGUAUGUGUUGCAUUUUUCUACGAGACUAACUUCGAGGCGGAGGUAGAGCCACUUGAUAUCUUUAAAGAGAAGCAUCCACGAAAAGAAACAUCUCAAGUUGCCAAAAGAGUCGUCUAUGGACAGCAUCUGAUUAACAAAGUCCUGACAACCUUUGCAAAUUUAGUGGAAAACAGUUAAUAUGGUUGAUGGGCUUUGGAUGGUAAUUGUUUUACCUAAGCAUGGAUUUCGAGUUUUAGUAAAAUAAAAGAAGUUCUAGGCGACAAUAAAAAUAAAUGAAGAAGAAAUUGUAAUUUGGUUUCUAAUAUUAAUAAAACUACAGGUUUGUUUACCAAUCGGCUAGUUUUAGUAAUUUGAGUAAAAAACGAUGAGAUUCCUCUAGGUAGCUUCCUCUCUCACCUAGCUAGUGUUUCGUCGCUGGUUUUGGAGUUAAAUAAUCAUUGACAUUGAUGUUCUUUAAUUAAGAGUACCAUUUUGAAGUUCGAGGUUUAAGAAACCACAUUCUAUCUCAAGAAAUAAAUCAGUGAAAACAUAUAAGUUACCAUGCAUAUCAUAUUUAAGAUGUAAU